UCUUGAACCGUCAGAGCCGCCAAUUACAAGCUGCUCCUUCCCACGUGGCGGGCUUGGGCCGCUGCACAUUAUUUAUCCACCACGGUUACCAAUCACCAGCAGUCGCCUCUAAAUUUCCUCGCGUCUCCGUUUCUAGCUCGGCCGACGUCGGCUUGUCGCAAUUCGUCGGUUCUCAUUUGGGCUCUAAACCCCUCCUUGCGGUUCCUCCUCUUAUACACCACACCCGCUAAACGAGGCCGCCAGGUGUCAAGAAAACGACCAACGAAGCUGCCCACAGACGCGUUAACUUCUUUGUACUGGCAGCACAUUUUGGCCGCUGAGUGAAACACUUAGCUAAACAUGGCGUCGCUUGAAGUGCUGGCGUACACGUUCGGCGUGCUGGCCGUGGUGCUGUUCGGCGCGGGCGCGUGCGCGUUCGCGAUCUACCGCGAGGUGAAGCAGGGCGGCCCCGACACGCCCGACUUCUUCCUCACGGCGCGAAAGUCGGUCCCCAUGCUCACCAUCGCGUGGUCGUUCUACGCGGGCGCGAUGGGGUCGUGGGCGCUGUUCGGGCCGCCGAGCUACUGCACGUACGCGGGCACGCUGGGGAUGAUAAUGUACUCGAUAUCAGCAGGCCUGCCUAUCAUCAUAGUGGCCUACUUCGGUGACGUCAUCCACCGCCUCGUGCCGUCCGUCGUCUCCAUGGCGGACUACGUGCGCCGCCGCUUCGGCCUCGGCGUGUCGCUCUACGUGGCGGCGCUGAUGCUGUUCAACAUGGGCGUGGCCAUCACAGCGGAGUACACCGCAGUGGGCAGCCUGUUCGCCGACAUCAUCGGCACCAAGAGCCUGCCCAUCAUCCUCGUUAUAGGGCUCGUCUCGCUGCUCUACACCGCCAUUGGGGGGCUCUACGUGUCCAUUAUCACGGACCAGUGGCAGGCGGGCAUCUCAGUGGUGUUCGUGCUCACGCUCUUCAUCUUCGUCUGUGCCACCUUCGACGCGCCGCUCAGCCCACUGCCGUCGGAGCCGGUGGAUCUGUCGUGGAGCAACAAGUACGGGCUGGCUUCUAUUGCCGUCAUGCCCAUCUCGCUCAUCUCCUCCACGCUCUUCAGCGAGGCCAUGUGGCAACGGUGCUGGGCAUCGGCGAGCCGGAAGGCGCUGCUGGGAGGAGCAGCGCUGGCAUCUGUGGCAGUCACCAUCGUCGUCUUCCUCUUUGGCUUCGGAGGCCUACUUGCGGUGUGGGGCGGCGUGUGGCAGCCCAACGAGGACUUCACCAACACCAACACGGUGCUUUUCUCGCUCUUCAACAACACCACGUGGAUCCUGGUCAUCGCCACCGUCCUCGCCGUCGUCAUGUCGGAAUCCGCCGUCGAUUCCCUCCAAAACGCCAUCGCCGACACGCUCUCCACCGCCCUCAUCGCCAUCACCAACUCGCUCCUCACGCUCGUCCACGGCCCAGUCAAGGGCCCCGUGCUGCAGACCGUGUUCAUGGGCGCGUACGAGCAGUACGGCAUCUGGGGCAUCCGCUGCAUCGUCCUCCUGUUCAACAUCCCCCCGCUGGUCGUGGCCCUCAAGGGCUACAACGUGCUGCAGCUCUUCCUGCUCGCCAACCUCCUCACCACCACCUCAGUCAUUCCGGUGCUUUCGGGGGUCAUCCCGGGGAAGUGGACCCGGAAAGCCAUCACCCCCUUCUCGGUCUCCCUGGGGUGCCUGUUGGGGCUCGCUUCGCUCUUCAUCUGGACGCAGAUUCGCGUCAACCAGACCGGCAUGACGUACUGCGACGCGCUCUACGACGUGUUUCUCAACGCGUACGACUAUCCGCCGUUCCUCAUGGCGCUCGCGUUUUCGAUGGUCGGGAUGGUGGUGGGAGCGGGGUUGGAGGCGGUGGUGAGGAUGGGGAUGAGGUGGGAGUACCCGGAGUACGACCUGGGGGCGCCAGAGGAGAUGGAGGCAUUGCAGGAAGCGGUAGGGAUGGAGGGGGGGGGGAGAAGGGCGAGGCGCUGGCGUUGGGGAUGGUUGAGUAGGCAGGGCUAUGGUGUUGUUGAACUAUUGAUUGAUGUGUUUUUACUCAGGCAGUGUAGCAGUUUAGGAGCCUCUAGGGGGCGGGACCGGUGUAACCUGGCAAUAAAUCCGUGUCUUACGGAACUGGUCUGGUCUGGUCUGGUCUGGUACGGUAUUAGAAAGCCAUUGGGGAGGGAGGGAGGAGCAUGUGGAUGGAAACAGCUGUGGAAGUGGAAGCACAGCCUGGGUUAUGGAGCUAACGCGCAAUGCACUGGGCAUUGAGAACUGGCUCAGGCACUGGAGCUGGCAGG